UAUAAUAAUGUUUGCGAAGCGUUUAUGUGCAACUGUGUCUCUAGAACGACCAUUUUUAAAAGGUACCAGUGGAGAAGCUAGAAUCACAACUUUCCGUGCCUAUGGAAUAAAGCCGCAAGAUGUUUCUAACGUCUCUUUCAACCAGGCUUUACCAGCAACUACACAAGAGUUGAAGAAAGCCAAGUCCGGGCACCGUUCCUUUAUUUUCCCAAAGUUUUUUUCAACUGCUUUGGCGUCAGAACCAACAGCAACACCAAGAGUAGAAGGCUCUAAAUUAGACCCUUCUGAAUCAUUUCUCUCUGGUACAAAUGCCGUGGUAUUGGAAGAUAUGUAUGAGAGGUGGUUGGCAGACCCAUCUUCGGUUGACGCUAGUUGGGGACAAUUUUUCUCCAAUGUAGAUAGAGGAGUGGCCCCUGGAGAAGCUGUACCUCUAAUGUCUCGUGCAUUGGAAACUGCAAAGGGUGGUUUGUCUAGUCCCAGUGCAUCCUCUCAGGAAGAUGUUUUAAAGGUUGCUAGUGACACUGUGAAGGUAAUGGCACUUAUCAAGGCGUAUCGUCAUCGUGGACACCUUAUAGCUGAUUUGGAUCCUCUAAAACUGGAUGAAGAGUUGGGCUUCUAUAAAAAAGUCAUACCAUCUGGAACAAAGAGAGACUUUGAACCUUCUUCUUAUGGCUUUACAGAAGCAGACAUGGAUAGAGAUUUUGUUUUGAAUGGAGAGUUACCUGGGAAGGAUAUAAGGAGUUUGCGUGAUAUUGUACAAAUGCUGCGACGUUCUUAUUGUGGUACUAUUGGUAUUGAAUAUCGUCAUAUUCUGUCCAAAGUGGAGAAAGAUUGGAUUGCAGAAAGGAUAGAAAAGGAAUUUUCACCUUUUUCAGUUGAACAGAAGAGAAUAGUUUUAAGGGAUUUAGCAGAUGCCGAGCUCUUUGAGAAGUUUCUUGCGAUUAAAUUUCCUACUUCAAAAAGGUUUGGACUGGAAGGAGCUGAAAGCUUAAUUCCCGGUUUACAGGCUCUCUUAGAGCGUGGCUCUGAUUUGGGAAUUGAGAAUGUUGUUAUUGGUAUGCCUCAUCGAGGACGAUUGAAUGUUUUGGCCAAUAUUAUUGGUUCGCCAGUUGAAAAGAUUCUUCAUGAGUUUUAUCCUCAUGAUGAUCCUUUUGGAGAGACUUAUCAAGGAAGUGGGGAUGUGAAAUACCAUUUAGGAACAUCCAACACUCGAAAGCUGAGAAAUGGCAAAUCAAUGCACUUUUCUUUGGUUGCAAAUCCAUCCCAUUUGGAAGCUGUUGAUCCUGUAGUUGUUGGCAAGACGAGGUCUAAACAAUAUUUUACAGGAGAUACUGAAAGAAAGCAUACCAUGGCCCUCUUAUUACAUGGAGAUGCAUCAUUUGCUGGACAAGGAGUUGUACAAGAGACUUUAGAAUUCAGUGAUCUGAGAGACUACACCACUGGAGGUACUGUACAUAUUGUAGUAAAUAAUCAGAUUGGCUUCACAACAGACCCUCGUCAUGCUCGUUCUUCUCCGUAUCCAACUGAUGUAGCCAAGACGGUUGGUAUGCCUAUCUUUCAUGUAAACGGAGAUGAUACGGAAGCUGUGGUUCGAUGCUGUUUAUUGGCAGUGGACUUUAGACAAACCUUUGGUAAAGAUGUUAUUGUGGAUAUAUUCUGCUAUCGUAGACAUGGUCAUAAUGAAGGUGAUCAACCUACAUUCACUCAGCCUCGAAUGUACAAAACUAUUCAAAAGCACUCCAGUAUUUUGACAAUCUAUUCAGAGAGGUUGAUAAAAGAACAAGUUCUUUCGCAAUCGGAAUAUCAAAAGAUGGUAAAGGCAACCAACGGUGGUCUACAGAAAGCUUUUGAAAAUUCAAAACAUUGGGUUCCAAAAGAACACGAUUGGUUGUCUUCAUUAUGGGAAGGAUUCAAGACGGAAAAGCAAUUGAGUAAAAUACAACCCACUGGUGUUGAAGAAGAAACUUUGAAAAAGCUAGGAGCAGCUAUUUGUACUGUUCCAGAAGGAUUUCAUUUGCAUCAUCAAUUGACUCGUAUUAUCAACGAACGAAGAAAAUGCAUUGAGAGUGGAAAGGGAAUUGAUUGGUCGACUGCCGAAGCCUUGGCCAUCGGUACUCUAUUGACAGAAGGAACAAGUGUUAGGCUAAGUGGUCAAGAUAGUGAAAGAGGAACGUUUUCACAACGUCAUGCUGUUUGGAUUGAUCAAGAAAAUGAAGCAGUCCAUAUUCCUUUAAAUAAUUUGGGAAUGACUCAAGCUCGUUUCCAAGUCUGCAAUUCGAGUCUUUCGGAAUAUGGUGUUGUGGGAUUUGAAUUAGGAUAUUCUUUAGAAAGUCCUAAUAUUCUUGUGAUAUGGGAAGCUCAAUUUGGAGAUUUUAGUAAUGGUGCUCAGGUCAUUAUAGAUACUUUUUUGGCAGCAGGAGAAAGGAAAUGGAGGCGUCAGUCUGGACUUACCUUAUUCUUACCACAUGGAAUGGAAGGUCAAGGUCCAGAGCAUUCUUCAGCAAGGCUAGAAAGAUUCUUGCAAUUAUGUGACGAUGAUCCUGAUGUCAUUCCUGAGAUGCAUACCGAUCGAACUCGUCAGAUUCAACUGUGCAACAUGCAAGUUGCCAAUUGUUCGACUCCUGCAAACUUAUUCCACAUACUUCGUCGUCAAAUUCACAGACAGUUUCGUAAACCAUUAAUUUUGAUGACUCCUAAAUCUUUGUUGCGUCAUCCUCGGUGUAAGAGUGAUUUGGAAGAAUUUCUUCCCGAUAGGUUGUUUCAACGAGUUAUAUCAGAAAAGAGCAGUGAUUUGGUUUCGGACAAAGAUAUUCGAAAGUUGAUCUUUUGUAGUGGUAAAAUUUACUAUGAUUUGUUGGAUGCUCGAGAAAAGCGAGAAAUCAAAGACAUUGCUAUCUGUCGAAUAGAGCAGUUGGCACCAUUUCCCUUUGAUCGAGUUUCCUCGGAAAUAGGAAAGUAUCCUAAUGCUCAAGUGGUUUGGUGUCAAGAAGAGAGCAAGAAUAUGGGCGCUUGGUUCUAUGUGAAACCUCGACUGGAAACUACCAUUCGUGAAUUGGAGAAAUCCGGAAGGUCCGUGAAAUAUGUUGGUAGACCACCUUCUGCAGCACCUGCGACAGGUUUGCCUAAAGUUCAUGAGGCAGAACAAAAUAAACUCAUUGCAGGAGCUAUGGAAUAAAGAGUUUGUUAUUCGUAGUUUGUACUUGAA